UCACCGCGCGGAAGUUUACUCUGUGUUAUUUCCACUCCACUCUCUUACGCACACACGCGCCCACACGGACUGUUGCUCCUGACUUGUUUGUCUUCUUCUUCUUCUUCUUCACGGAGCACUGCGUAUUGUUUUUCUGUCCUCCUCCUCCUCGUCUGGAGCCGUUUUGGAUUUUACGCACUGAUCCUCUACGGACCUGCGGCUCCGGCGCCCUCCGCCCGCAGCCAUGUCGCGCUUGCUGCUGUCGUGUCUCCUGCUGUUUGUGUCCUCGCGGACGGCGCUCUCCUCCGGGGUCUUCGAGUUGAAGAUCGACUCCUUCACCAGCUCCCGCAGCGUCUGUCGCCCGGAGUCCCGGGUCUGCCAGGUCUUUUUCCGUGUGUGCCUGAAGCAUUCACAGGACGUCAUCAACCCGGAGCCUCCGUGCACGUACGGCACCGCUCUCACCGAGAUCCUGGACACAGACUCCAACGCCAUCUCCGAGAGCGCGCCCAUCAGGGUGCCUUUUCUCUUUAAGUGGCCGGGAACCUUCUCUCUCAUCAUUGAAGCCUGGAACGCGGAGUCUUCAGGCCUCGAGUCCACAGAGAACCAGAACAACCUUAUCAGCCGCCUGGCGACGCACCGCCGCCUCACAGUCGGAGAGGAAUGGUCUCAGGACGUUCACUUCGGCAACCAGAGCGAGCUGCGGUACUCCUACCACGUGGUGUGCAACGAGUUCUACCACGGCGAGGCCUGCUCCGCCUACUGCCGGCCCCGCAACGACACGUUCGGCCACUACACGUGUGACGAUAGGGGGAGCCGCCGCUGCCUGGAGGGCUGGAGCGGCGAGUACUGUACUUUCCCCAUCUGUGCCACUGGGUGCAGUAAGAACGGUUUCUGUGAGUCUCCCGGGGAGUGUGUGUGCAGGCAGGGCUGGCAGGGCAAGCGCUGCGAUGAGUGCGCCCGGCACCCGGGCUGCCUCCACGGGACGUGUCAGCAGCCGUGGCAGUGCAACUGCAAGGAAGGAUGGGGAGGCCUGUACUGUGACCAAGACUUAAACUACUGUACCAAUCACAAGCCGUGCCAGAACGAUGCCUCGUGCACCAACACUGGACAGGGCAGCUACACCUGCACCUGCCGACCCGGGUUCACCGGCAAGAACUGCGAGAUCGAGACCAACGAGUGCGACAGCAAUCCCUGCAAGAACGGUGGCAGCUGCAAAGAUAUGGUGAACGAUUAUGAGUGCGCGUGCCCUCAGGGCUUCUACGGGAAGAACUGCGAGACCAGCGCCAUGAAGUGUGCGGACGGGCCGUGCUUUAAUGAAGGGACCUGCGUGGAGAAUGCCGCUGGUGGCUACAACUGCCGCUGCCCUCCCGGAUUCACCGGCUCCAACUGUGAGAAGAGGCUCGACAGAUGCAGCAGCAACCCCUGCGCUAAUGGCGCUCAGUGUCUGGAUCUCGGUCACCGCAUCAUGUGCCGCUGUCGCCAGGGCUUCAUUGGAUCCCGCUGUGAGACCAACAUAGACGACUGUGCUGGCAACCCCUGUCGUAAUGCCGGCACCUGCAUCGACGGCAUCAAUGACUACACCUGCGUGUGCACACUUGGCUUCACGAGUAAGGACUGCUCUGUGCGCGCCAGUCCCUGCGACCACUUCCCCUGUGAUAAUGGUGGCACGUGUUACACCCACUUCACUGGCCCCGUGUGCCAGUGUCCGCCGGGCUUCAUGGGCGCACGGUGUGAGUAUUCCGUGAAGACCAUACCAACCACGAAACCCUACGUCCAAGACGAUUCCUCUCCUGCCCUCAUCGCCGCUGUCACCCUCGGCCUGGUGACACUGACUCUGCUUCUUUGUGCUGCGAUUCACAUUCUGCGCCAGCUACGCCGCGGCAGGGAGCUAACGGCCAUUUCCAGGUCGGUGAAGAAUGACCUGGAGGCGGUGAAUAACCGCAACGCAGUGAUCGGCGGCGGUGGACCCUAUAAUGGGAGUUUACCAGGAGGACCACUGAGCAGCCUGAGAGAGAAGGAGGCCUUCCUCAUCCCUGGAGGACAACUGAAAGUGUCCAAUAAAGACGCGGCGUUGGUGGAGAAGGGCAGCGACAACAUGGCCAUGUUUAAAAACAAAAUGGCAGACUGUAACCUGGCGAAUGAGGAGCAGCGCAUGGUGAAGAACAAUUUUGACCUUAAGAAGUGUGACCCGUCCAUCGUUGUGCCGCCUCCCACUUAUUCAAAGGACAGUCUGUAUCACCCUGUGUUCAUCAUCCCAGAGCGGAUGGAGCAGUGUGUAUUUGCAACUGAGGUGUAACCUUCAGUUUUCUGAGCGCCAGUGGAAGAAAUUUCAUGCUGAAGGCCAGACACAUUUACUGUCCAGGACAGUUCACCCACAGGGUCUAUCCUACACAUGUUAUUUAAUUUAUUAUUUAUUGCCUCCCCCUCAGUGGAAAGAAACAACAAGAAAGGACUUGUUUUUUUUCAAUUCUAAUUUUUUUGGAUGAAAAAGAAAAAGAGAGCGGUGGAGGAGGAGAAAAAGGAUGAAAGACUGAAUGUCCGGCAUUAUUUGCACUAUUUAUCUUUUUUUACAUCAAAUCUUAAUAUAAUUUUCUGUCUGUAUACCUGAAUUUUGGAUUUUGGAUCAAUCGUGAAAGAAAGAUGUGAAGAGAUGAAAUCGAAAGACUGAUGCCUCAUCUGUGCUUCCUAAUCACCUGAAGGACAGAAUGUUUCAUCCUCAGAUCAUCUCUAUUUAGAAAACUGAAAUGGACAGUUUCUGAGUGGCUUCCUGUUUUCGCGCCACGCUUUUUGUUUUCUUCGGAAGUGAAGCAUCACAUUGUUGCCUAUUAGUAGAGCAUAAGCCUUACAAUCACCGUCCAAGCUACGAACUCUUGAAGUGCCUCUUCUUCUGGAAUCCAGCGAAGGUUUUUCGUGGACGUCAUAAUCAAACCUGCUUUUUAAAAGCCUAGAAAACUCUUUCAGAUCACCUGGAACAGGCUCUCUCCAGUCUUAGACACAAUCAUAAUCUGAGUCCUAGCCCAGAUCCUAAUCCCAGUCUGAUUGAGGUUUCAGGUGAAUUGGAGAGACUUUAUAUUACUAUCGGCAAUCAACUGUUUUCCCUGCUAUGACCUCAUGAACAGAUAAUCUACGUUAACUAUACGAAGUCAAACCUGCCAGAUUCUAGCCAAGCUGGA